UAUGUUAAAUUUAUAGAAGCAAGUUCAGAGGAAAAGUUGAUCCAAAUCUGAAAUGUCAAAAUCUUUAUUUCCUGUGGGGGGGGAGGGGCAGGAAGGAAUUAAGAAGAACCCCGUGGCAAUAUUCCGUUAAGCCAUAAUGCCAGUUUGGUGCGUGUUAACCUUGGUGCUUUGUAAAUCAUGGUUUCUGGCUAAGCCUCAACAAGCUGAGGUUAAAAUAAACCAGGGGGACUGUAUGAUAUAUUAAUACAAUCAUAGUAUCAGUUCGCAGGAAAGCAGAUUUAACUCGAAACAUGCUCUCUCGCUCUCCUCCACCCACCCGCAUGAGUCCCGGGUGAAAGGACAACGUAACCUUAUCAAGGCUAUUCCAGAUUACAUCACCUCAGAGAGAAAUUGGAUCAGCAAUCCUGUGUUGCCUUGAACUGAUCACCCUACAAACCUCAGCCUGCCAACACGAGGGCUUAAUAAGAAGCCAAAGCAUACUAUCUGCAAAAUACUAUCUGCUCAAAAUUGAUGCAUUCGGGGUGUCUCCAACUGUUAGCAUCCAUGUGCUCCUCUAAACGAAAAGCUGCCCGUUGGGUGACACUUAGCGCAAGACACUCUUAUGGAAUAGGUUUUGCAGUCUAUCUCUCUCCAAAAUAAUAAAAUCCCCACAACCACAUGAUAGGAGACUUAAUCUAGAAUUAACUCUUGAAAAAGGGGUUAAGUAAUGCAACUGGGGCAGGAGUGGCCACAAAUCUCCAUCCCAGAGCAGGCCUUAUAUUAUCACCCAAGCUUUGGAGAAAGGAGAUUGAGCUGUUAAUCUGACAAAAGGACCAGAACAAUUCUUGGAAUUGAGUUUUUGUACAGGCAAAGAAAGUCUGAAGUCUGUGCAACAGGGAAAGGGUCCAGAUUCGCCAAGUGUUUCCAAAGGAUGAAGGAAGGAAUAUCCGAAAGAGCAAGAUCUGCAGGAAACAAAGCGUGAGAAGUUGGUAAGAAGGUAUAAAAAAUAGAGCAUGCUUUAAUUCCAAAGUCCUCAAAUUCUAGCGGAAAUGAGCAGGCUUUACGUUAUAUUUUACUGGUAAUAGAGGGUUGCUUUAGAUUAGAAGGCAAUCAGAAAACUUUUGUUUACUUUGAAAUAAACUGGGAAAGUAGAAUGGUGUUUUCCCUUUUGCUUUCAUUCAUUCUUGAUUUCCUUCUAUCUGUAUUGGAGCCCAAUAUCCUAUUACAAGGAGGAGAGAGAAGGAAGGUGGGAAAAGCACAGGAGGCAAUUAGAUCUGGGACAAUAUUUAAUUGCAUGAGUACAAUACAGAUGGCAUCCCUUCCUGGAUCAUUAGAAGGUAGAAAGGAGAUGCAUCAAUAGUAAGCAGUAGCAAAAUAGCUGUUUAGGGAGAGCAGUAUUCCCUCAUACCUGGCAUGAGAAUAUAUCAGUUAUCACCCCUAGCAAUUCCAUUUUUUUCAGAAAACAAGAUAACACCAUUGUUUGUUCUUAAUGAGGUUUCACUCUUUCAGAAGGAGUCCACGAAGCAUCUGGGAUUCUCCUGGACUCAAAGCUCUUGCUGGAAGAAGAAAGCAUUUGCCUAGCUGUUACACCAGAUGAAGCUGUUUCUGAAUCAGGAAACUUGGGUGACUCUCUCAUCAUUUCUCAUCUUGAUUACUGUUGAUCUGCUUUCUUUGGGCUGAUCUUGAAGACUACUCAGCAAUUACAUCUGGUCCAAAAGGCAGCUGCGUAGUUGCCAAUGGUCAGUCCCAGUUCAUGUCCAUCUUGCAGGGACUUCAUUGGUUGCCAGAGUGACAGGAACUCUAAAGGUGUUGCUGUGCAUGGACCAAGUUUAAAUCAAACUAUUGAAAAUUAACUGUAGAGGCUGGAAACUGAAGAUGUUUUCCCAUUGUGCUGCGAUUCUUCUACUUGUCUUGCGUGCAGCUGAUUCACAGGGUAAUGAAGUAAAAACGAUUGAGGUCCCUUUAGGAGGCAUGGUAAAUAUCAGCUGUGAAAUUUCAGCUGAGGCUUUGGCAUGGUCCCUGACCUGGUACAAGGAAGGACAAAACAAAAACUUGCGCAAGAUUGAUGACAAGAACUUGAAAACAGACCAAAAGUGCACCUCACACUUCUGUAAUCUGAUUAUCAACAAUGCGCAAAGGAAUGUAUCUGGUACUUACACCUGUAUUGUAAGUCAGGAAUUUGGAAUACUACUCAUGCACAGCACAAGAGUGAUAAUCACAGAAACUUUGAAACCAAAUCUUUCCAUCCUUGUGCCAUCCUUCUUGCAGGAUGAACCACUGAAGCAUGAUAUUCCUCUGCUCUGCACCCUUUUCAAUGUUAUCCCUAAUUCAAAUACUUUCCUUUGGAAUAUUAAUGGAAAAAUAUAUCAGGAUAAGAUGGAUGCUGACAUGAUAGAUGGGAAAGGAGCUUUCAGUAUUUGGAGCUUGAAACUGAUUCCCCCAGAGGAUUGGCAGCCCGAAAUGUCUUAUGGUUGUUCAUACCCAGGGAACAUGACGGUGCUGCAGUCUUCACAACAGGAAGUGUCCUCAAACAGGAAGAUUCACAGAUCAAAGAAGUAGAACUAAGUGGGAGAAGGUUAAAUGUGGCUUAGAAGGAUUGAGAGUUUUGUAUAAUAAAUAGAAGAUGGAAAGACUCACAAAGAAGAAAGUGAAUGACAGAAUUUAAAGUUCAACGUGAAGAACAGAAGUGCUUA